GGGACCGUUCGGGCUGGGGUCGGGUGUGAGGCCUGCGGCGUCUCAGUCGUCGCCCAAGCCCUCGCGUCUCAAACUCUGGGAGGAUCUCUUCCGGCGAAGGGAGGGCGAUGCCGGGGAAUCGGCAGCCGAGGGUCCGGUCUGGGAACGAGCCUCGUCCCGCGCCCGCCAUGGAGCCCGAGGGGCGCGGAGCCUGGGCCCACAGCCGCGCCGCGCUCGACCGGUUGGAGAAGCUGCUGCGCUGCUCGCGAUGCACUAAUAUUCUGAGGGAGCCUGUGUGUUUAGGGGGAUGUGAGCACAUAUUCUGUAGUAAUUGUGUAAGUGACUGUAUUGGAACCGGAUGUCCAGUGUGUUACACCCCAGCCUGGAUCCAAGAUGUGAAGAUAAACAGACAGUUGGACAGCAUGAUCCAGCUUUGUAGUAAGCUUCGGAAUUUGCUACAUGACAAUAAGCUGUCAGAUUUGAAAGAAGACACAUCUAGGCAAAAUACAUUCAAUGACGCAGAAAAUAAGAAGAAUUCAAUAAAAAUGUGGUUUAGUCCUCGAAGUAAGAAGGUCAGAUAUGUUGUAAGUAAAGUUACAGUGCAAACCCAGCCUCAGUUGACAGACGAGGAGAGCACUCGUCAGGCCUCAAUGUAUGACUUUAUCUCUAAAAGCCCCCCAACAGGUGGUCCUGAGAGGGCUAAAAAGGCUUCCACAAGAUCUGGAAAAAAACAAAAAAAGAAAACUUUAGCUGAAAUCAACCAAGAAUGGAAUUUCGAGGCAGAAAAAGAUGGUGAACCUUCCUCCAAAAAGGAACUUAAGGAGAAGCUUGUGUCUUUCUAUAGCCAGCCGUCUGUCCCUGCUACUCCUCAGACAAAUGGUGACAUAGACUUACUAGCAAGCGACUCUGUAACGGAAUCAGAUUGUUCUAGAAGCUUAACUGAAGUCUCAUUACCAUUGGCUGAGCAGAUAGAGUCUCCAGAAAUGGAGAGCAGGAAUGAAGACAUGACUCCGGAGAAGAAUCUCUGUGCGAAUCAUCUUACAUCUAAGCAGCCCUUGCCAUCAGGUCAUAGUGGGCGGCGUGGACAUCACAGCAGACGGUCCAGUCCCAUUUCUAAGAGAUGCAGCAGCAGCAUUCAUGGUACCAGUAGGCAGCAAAUGGCGCUUUCAGAAAACAAACCAUUGCCUGGCUGCUCUUCACCACCUCCAAGCAAGCGUAGAGUUGGUGACACAUUAAGGAGGAAAAACAGUAAUAUAUCAGAUGAAUUCAUGAGACUUUCACCGGGUACACCACCUCCUGCACUGAAUAGUCCAAGUUACAGACGGAUGAUGUCCAGCCCCUCAGCAAUGAAGCUAUCUCCUGGUAGCCUUACGGCUGUGAAAAGAAAUCACAGAGGAGAGACUUUGCUUCAUAUUGCUUCAAUUAAGGGCGACCUACCUUCUGUGGAAUACCUCUUACAAAAUGGAAGUGACCCAAAUGUUAAAGACCAUGCUGGAUGGACACCAUUGCAUGAAGCCUGCAACCAUGGGCACCUGAAGGUGGUGGAAUUGUUGCUGCAGCACAAGGCAUUGGUGAACUCCACUGGGUAUCAGAACGACUCACCACUUCACGAUGCCGCCAAGAAUGGGCACAUGGAUAUAGUCAAGCUCUUACUUUCUUAUGGAGCCUCCAGGAACGCCGUUAACAUAUUUGGUUUGCGGCCUGUGGAUUAUGCAGACGGUGAAAAUAUGAAGUCACUUUUGCUGCUACCAGAGGAAAAUGAAUUAUCAUCAACUCGCCAUUGCUCAGUAACAAGCACUGGUCAGCGUAGAGAUGCACCUCUUGUGCUUAUAGGCAGUGGGCUUUCUUCAGAACAACAAAAAAUGCUCAGUGAGCUUGCAGUGAUUCUUAAGGCUAAAAAAUGUGCCGAAUUCGACAGUACAGUAACUCAUGUCAUUGUUCCUGGGGAUACAGCCCAAAGUACACUAAAAUGUAUGCUUGGGAUUCUCAAUGGAUGUUGGAUCUUAAAAUUUGAAUGGGUGAAAGCAUGUCUACAAAGAAAAGCAUGUGAACAGGAGGAAAAGUAUGAGAUUCCUGAAGGACCACAGCGAAGCAGGCUCAACAAAGAACAGCUGUUGCCGAAGCUGUUUGAUGGCUGUUACUUCUAUUUUGGGGGAACCUUCAAACACCAUCCAAAGGACAACCUUCUUAAGCUUGUCGCUGCAGCUGGGGGCCAGGUCCUCAGCAGAAAGCCCAAGCCAGACAGUGAUGUGACUCAGACCAUCAAUACAGUCGCAUACCAUGCGAAAGCUGACUCUGAUCAGCGCUUCUGCACGCAGUAUAUCAUCUAUGAGGAUCUGUCUAAUCAUCGCCCAGAGAGGGUGCGGCAGGGCAAAGUCUGGAUGGCUCCUUCCAGCUGGUUUAUAGAUUGUGUGAUGUCCUUUGAGUUGCUCCCUCUUGACAGCUGAAUAUCGCACCAGAUUAACGUUUCAAAUUGAACUUACACAGUGUGAGAACCAGCCAUUGCACUGUUUUGAUCAUACACAUUUUUACAAAUAGGCAGACUCAUUCAUGCAUAUUUCUUCCUUGAAUUUAAAAAAAAAAAAAUUUAUGCCAGAUUAGGAAUUCCUUCUGUGUUUACCAUUUAGAUGCUGAGAUUGCUUUGAAAGAUUUCUCUUAAAACUGGUGUGUGUUUUGAUUCAUCAUGUCUUUUUAUUCAGAUUAUCAGCUAUCAAAGAUCAAUGAGAGACUUUUAGAAAUAGGAUCAUUACCAUCUCAGUCUUUUAAUGUUCUUUGAUGAAAAAAUCCACAAUUGCUACCAGCAAAAAUACUUCUCAUCCUUUGGUAAACCAGGAAUAUUGUCAAAAAUAAUCGAUUCUGGCUUUAUUGUAAUGAAAAUAGAGUACCUGGUCUGAAUGUACCACCACAGGAGUUAAAUUCUUCUGUCUACAAUUGUCAUCUUACAUUGUGUUGAGUUUCUUAUACUUUAGGUGGAUGUCAGUUCCCACAUUUUUGUCCCUUUUUAUCUUUUCAUCAAGAAAUCAUGACUUAAACCAGAACAUUAUUCUUUUGUGGUGAAAAGAUUGGGCUCAUGGUACAUAUUUUUAUUGUGUAUACUUGCUUAUUAUUAACUAUCACUUUGUAACUGAGUUUCUCUACAGUAUAUGUAUAUAUAUACUUGGAGCAUUUUCUUUAACACGUUUUAGUAUCAAUAUUUCUUAGAAGGUCUUAACAGACUAGCAAAUUUUCAAUCAAAUAUUAACAAAUUAGGAAGCUGUCUUUCUCUGGUAGACCUUGCUACAUAUUGCUAAAAUAAUUGUUUUUGAAGGUCUUAAUUUCUUUUUUUUGUAAAGUUUUUUUUUUUUUUUCUCACUUUUAGAUUGCUGUGAAGGCAGAAGUUGGGGAUUACUUGAUGUAGAAAAGAUUUUUGGCCAGGUGAUACAAAAGGCCAUAACAAUAAGUCUAAGGGUAGGGUUGGGAAGGACUUACUCCUGAUACCAAGAUAGUCAAGGCUUGAAAAAAGUGGACAGGACACCCCCUGAGAACUGGGGUGGUUACUCUGAUCGAAGUGUUCUCAUUUGUGAAUGAAUCGACAAGGUAAAUGAGCUCAUUUAAAAAUAUUCUUAAGGAAGCAGAAUUCUUUAAUAAGUAUCCCUAGAAAUUGAAUAGAUUACUAAUAUUAAAGGCAUGGGAAGGGAGACACUGUGGACCCAGCCAGGUUUGGUCCCUGGUGGCUAGAGAACAGUUUAACUCCUGGAUAGAGUCUGAAGUUAAUAAACAUAUUAAAAUUCAUUUAUUUGUAAGUUUGGAGGUCUGCUGAUUACUUCAAAAUAAAUUUUAUUGUAAUUCCUUCAUUGACGUGUUACUUUUCCAUAUCAAGAAAUAUAUUAUGUAAAUGCAGUGAUACACUGUGGACCCUGACCUUCAAGGAUGAAUUGGCUCUGAAAAUGCUCUCCAACCAGUAAUGUGUUUGUCCUACAUUUCAUCCUAAUGGAGAAUGAUGAACACCAUAGCACCAAACAAAUCUGAGGGGUUAGAUAAUGUCUGGAUUAAAUAAUUUAAGACUCUCUGGGAUUUGGGUUGUCAUUUUUGAUUUAUAACUGACUUUUAGUCACUUUCUAUUGCCUCAUCGGUCACAUUCCUAGACAGGUUUGUGUCUGUUCCUCUGAUUUGAAUCCCUGUUUGUAAAACAACUGAGAGGGUUGCUGCUCACUCUCCUUCAUUCGUUUUCUUAGCUUCACCCCCCUCCUCCUUUGUUGUAUUUUGUCCCCCACUAUUAAGCAGUUUUUUGUGGUUUUCCUUCAUUUCUUUCAGUAUUUAUUUUGACAGUAGUUGGUUGAUGUUAAGCUCCUAAAUCUUGUGAGUUUUGUAUAGAUAUACUUGUAACUGUUUCCAUUUUUCAAUCAUAGAUUCAAGCUUCCUUUUUAUUUACUACAAAUCAUUAAAGUUAUUUGUGUUUCUGUAUCUCUGUAUCUUCUAUAGAGGUAGCUCAUUCUGUGCUGUUGAAGAAGGAUGCUCAGCAAGACCUGCGAGGAAACCUCUCAGCUAACAAAAGCUUAUCUUUUGGAACACUAACGCAGUGCAAUUAAUUUUAGAAAGAAAUAUUUCUAAGGUCUA